AUGUUCACCUCUGGCAGCUCUGGGGAGCCAAAGGGGUGCGUCAUCGAACACCGCUCCUACUGCACAUCUGCCAUGGCCAACGGGCCUGUCAUUGGCCUGGACAGGGAGUCUCGCUCUCUACAGUUCAGCUCCUACAGCUUUGCGGGGGCCGUGGUGGAGAUGCUCAUGACCCUGAUGCACGGCGGCUGCGUCUGUGUCGUGGCGGAGGAAGACCGUGGGACACGAUUUUAUAAGACUGGAGACUUGGGUGUAAAAGCAAGCGACGAGUCGACCGAGAUCUUGGGCAGGAGAGAUACCCAAGUCAAGCUACGAGGCCAGCGCAUCGAGAUUGGAGAGAUUGAACACCAAGCAAGACAGGCCGCACCCGACAUCAUCAACGUGGCUGUCGAGAUGACUGAACUUCAAGGAAAAGGUCCCGGCUUGAUAGGCUUCUUCGUGCCGAGAGCCCGCCCAGAUAUGGGCGCAACGGACGCGCAAACGAGGACCACGAUUCAGACGAUCCGGACCAGACUGGAAAAAGUGUUGCCACAUUACAUGGUCCCGUCUGCCCUGAUACCCAUACCGAGCCUACCAUUAAAGGCAUCGGGCAAGGUGGACCGGAGGCGGCUGCGCGAGAUGGGGUCGGCUCUAUCGGCGCAGCAACCCACGGAACUGCCGGUUGCCGAAGAACUACUGCGGCAGCCAAAGACGACAGACGAGCGCCGCCUGAGAGACUUGUGGGCACAGGUUCUAAAGAUUGAGGCCGACGCCAUUGGCGUACAUGAUAGCUUCUUCAGGCUUGGCGGAAACUCCAUUGCCGUGAUGAAGUUGGUCGCAGCAGCACGCAGGGCCGGGACUACCAUUGCCGUAGCCGACGUCUUCCAGAACCCCGUCCUUGAGGCACAAGCCCGAGCACUUACAAGCGUUUGCAAAACUCCAGGGCGUGAAGGGCUGCAGUCACAGGCGUCAUAA